AUGUUGUGCCAAGAGUGCAAGGCCGUGUUGAAACAGCCCAUGUCCCUGAAGAAGGAGUCAAGCGGACUAGAUUUCCUCAUUACCAACUUUCAUCAUGAUAUUUCUCUUGUAGACUUGCAAGCAAAAGCCAAGCGCUGCUAUAGUUGCCGUGGCAUACUCCGACAGAUUGAGAAGGAUGACAGCGCCGGGCUGCAACGGAAAUUAGCUCUGCAGAUCCAUUACAGUCAUGGAGUUGUGGCUAACAGGAAGAGCACCGAUCCUUGGUUCCAUAGCUCAAUAAGGCUUGAUGGAACGGUACUCGGGGUGAGCCGGGUGCAUUUUGAAAAGAUCAAGGAUAAAGAAACAUGUGAUCUGAUGACGGGAAGCACUGGCUCAACAGAGAGCUUGAGCUUUCUGAAAACAUGUCUGGAAAAAUGCCGCGUUGAACAUCAGACUUGUCCUUCUACAAGCUCCAGUGCUGCCUGGGUUCCCACCCGGCUCAUCCAAGUUGAACAGGACAGCUUGAGGCUUGUGGAAUCUUCCAAAACAACCAUCUCUGAGCCAUUUGUCUCCCUCAGUCACUGCUGGGGAGGUGCCGAGAUUUUAAAGCUCACCACCAAGAAUAUCAAUGUCCUGAAAGGUGAUAUUCCCUUUCUCCAGCUGCCAAAGACGUUUCAAGACGCAAUCCAAGUUGUCAGAGCCCUUGGGUUCAGGUAUAUCUGGAUCGACUCAUUGUGUAUCAUACAAGAUUCGGAUCAAGAUUGGCACAAAGAAGCGAACACCAUGCUCAAAGUGUAUAAACAUGCCCUGUUCAACAUCGCAGCUACGGCCUCCACCAGCAGCUUCGGAGGUUUAUUCCAGGAGCGAGAUCCCCAAUUUGUGCAGUCUGAGGCACUUGACGUCGAUACCGAGGCCAUCAAAGGCCGAUUUCACCUCGUUGAUCAGGGGUAUUUCACUCAAGCCGUUGACAAGGCCCCGCUCAACCUGCGAUCGUGGGUUACCCAGGAACGCAUGCUGUCACCUCGCAUCGCGCAUUUUGCCUCUGAGCAAGUGAUUUGGGACUGCGCCGAAUUAACCGCUUGCGAGUCACUCCCUCAUGGUACGACGGCCUGGUCCGGCUAUGGGGCGAGGCCCAUGACAUUUGGAUGCAAGCAGGGCUCCUCCUUACUCUCGCCUUCACAAACCGUCGAUGAGGGCAUAGGCCAGUGGGGAACCAUUGUCAACACCUACUCAGCUUGUGGCUUGACAAUGCUUGGAGACAAGUUAAUCGCCAUCUCUGGCGUAGCCAACUAUCUGCGAGAUGAGCUCAAGAUGGAAUACUGUGUUGGUCUGUGGAGGCCCAAGAUGGAGAUACAACUUGCGUGGGUCGUGCAGAGUCUGCAAGGCGACCGACCACCUCGUAACGAUCUUGCUCCAACAUGGUCCUGGGCAUCGGUCAACGGAGCGGUACAUCUGCAGCAAGUCAACAUUUAUGAAGGAUAUGAUGUUAUCUCGCUAUGUUCCAUCACAGAGGUAAGCCUUUGUCGACAGAUUGAUCCGAAUCGUGGUGAGAAGGUCGUUGGAUAUCUUCAGAUGCACUGCUUUCUCAAUCCUAUCACAGUCGAACGUGACGGGAAUUCCUACCGUUCAAGGGGGAAGGGAAUGGAGGAACACGGUAGAGCCGCUGACAUUGAUUCGUCCGACGUUGCCGGAGCGGAUCAACUCUUUUUUAUCCCUUUGUUUGACGUCCAGUCGCCAAUGUCAUUGAAUGGGCCAAAGUGGGAGGUCAGUUCAGAGAUUCGAGGGAUUAUUGUUCAAGGUGUCGUUGGACGACCGGGAGUGUUUACGCGGUGUGGGCAUGCUCUCGUCAGUGGUGCUGUUCGCACCGAUACGGGGAAGUUUGAAGAGUCAUACGAUGCAUUCAAAUCAGCCAAGGGAAAGGCUAACCUACCUUGUGAGGAGUAUGACGUAGAUUCUGGGCAUCUCAUCAAGCUGAUAUAA